CAGCAGCGGCGGAGGAGGAGGAGGCGGCGGCUGAGGCUGAGCAGCAGCAGGAGGGAGGGAGUCCGCUAGAGGUGUUCGCCACGAGAGCUCAAAACAUGAAGAGAACACCGAGUAAAGGGGAGGGACCGGAGAUCAAGAGAGAGAAAUCUCACAAGCGGCGAGGAAGACACCCAAAAUCGCAGAACUCGCCCAGCCAUCGGUUCAGCUGGGAUGACUACCUCAAGGAGACCGGGGGGACUUCUGCUCCUCCUUCUUGCUUUAAGCAGCGUCCUUCCCCGCCGCGGAACGAGUUUGCGGGCGGCAUGAAGUUGGAGGCGCGGGACCCUCGGAACCCCAACUCGGUGUGCGUGGCGAGCGUGGUGUCGGUGACCGGCUCGCGCCUGCGCCUGCGCCUCGACGGCUCCGACAACGCCAACGACUUCUGGAGGCUCGUCGACUCGGCCGAGCUGCGGCCCGUGGGGGCCUGCGAGCGCGCGGGGGGCAUGCUGCAGCCCCCCCUAGGAUUCCGCAUGAACGCCUCCUCGUGGCCGAUGUUCCUGCUGAAGACGCUGAACGGCGCUGAGAUGGCUCCUGGGCGGAUAUUCCACCCGGAGCCUCCGAGCCCGACUCAGAACGGGUUCCGCGUGGGCAUGAAGCUGGAGGCGGUCGAUCGCAAGAACCCGCACCUAAUCUGCCCGGCGACCGUGGGCGAGGUGCGCGGCGAUGAGAUCUUCGUGACGUUCGACGGCUGGAGGGGCGCCUUCGACUACUGGUGCCGGCACGACAGCAGGGACAUCUUCCCCGCCGGGUGGUGCCAGGCGUCCGGAGACAACCUGCAACCGCCAGGGCACAAAGUGGCCCCCACCCCGAAGCCGGCUCCGGUGAUCCGCUCCGUGCGCACAGAAACCGUCCCGGCCACCCCGCCAUCGGCCAACAACCGCGACUCGGCUCUCCCGGCAACCACGCUCACAACCUCGGCGUCGGCGGUGUCGGCGGCGUCGGCGGCGGCGUCGGCGUCGGCUUCGGCGGCAUCGGCGGCGACGGUGGCAACGGCGGCGGCGGCGUCGGCGUCAUCGGCAUCGCACUCGGCGGUGGCGGCGGCGGCCGUCCAGGGCAGAGGUAGCAACUCCUCCGCCGUCACCAACAGCGGCGGCGGCGGCGCCGCGAUAACGACGACGACGGCGGGCGGCGGCGGCGGCACCGCCACCGCCACCGGCAACUCGGGCGGCGCCGCGCUGCCGGGGAGCAAGGUGGUGAAGGAGCGCCGGAAACCAGGCCGCCCCCCCGGCUCGCGCAACAAGGCGAAGCCGCUGGAGCGACCGUUGCACGGCGGCGGCGGCGGUGGUGGUGCUGGGAUGCUGUGGGCCACCGUACGCGGCGGGCUGCACAGCAGCAACAACAAGAAGCGCGGGCCCAAGCCUGGGACACGGAGAAGGCGUGGGACUCCUCAGCCGGCCAUGACCGUGUCAGGCCCCCAGUGCGGGCCUCUGGCCAUCGGCGGAGGGGGCGCCGGACCCUCGGUGCCUGACCCCCUGGGCCCGUCCCUUGUGAGGGGCCUCCCGGCCCGAACGCCUGCCCCCUCCGCCAUGCAGACCGGCCUCUCCACGGUGUGCGUGUACGUGAACAAGCGCGCCGGCGCGGGCCCCUUCCUCGACCGGCGCAAGGUGCAGCUGCUGCCCGAGCACUUCGGCCCCGGCGCGGCGCCGGCGGUGCUGCAGCUGGCGGUGCAGGCCUGCGUGGACUGCGCUCGCCACCCGCCGCACGUGCUGGCCAGGCUACCCAACGGGGACGGCGACACCAUCGUCACCGCCCGGUACGACGGCGAGGUGCGCUCGCUCCGCCUGCCGUCGGUUCGCAGCGCCUCCUUCGUGCUGCGCUUCCUGGAGAAGCUCUGCCACUCGCUGGAGUGCGACAACCUCCUGAGCAGCCAGCCGGCAUGCCUCGCCAGCGGCAACGCGCUGCCAGGUCGUGACGACGUUGACCUGGCCCGGGGGAUCAAGCGUCCGUCACAGGAGCCGUUCAGCUCCCCGCUCUCCCCAAAGCGGCCUCGGCCACUCCAACACCUGCCUUCCGAAGGAGAGCCGCGCGUGGCCGAGGGCCUCACGGGCGACAGCCUGCAGCGGCCCUCGUUGGAGACGCAGGACUCGGCCCUCAACGCCCUGGCCGUGCUGCAGGCCCCGCGGCGGCGCCCCGCGCCUCCCUCCUCGCUAGACGUCCCUCGCCUCCUGCAGAGGCAGUUCCUUCCACGGCACCACCACCACCACCACCUGCAGCAGCAGCUCCACCGUCAGCAGCAGCAGCAGCACCACCGUCAUCAGCACCAUCAUCAGCACCGGCAGCAGCUGCACCUGGCGACGCGGAGGCGAGAGGAAGGGUUCCUCCUGCGGGAUGGAGGCAAGCUGACCCGGCAGGGCUCGUCCGGGUCAGGCUCGGGAGGACAGUUUGAGGGCGGCCGUGGCAGCCCGUGCUCGCCCUCCCAGAAUGCAGCGGGGCGACGCUCCUCCUCCUCCUCGAGCACCAGCGGCACCCGCAGACUCUCACUGCUGGUGGCGGCCGGCGCUGACGCGGAGGGGACGAGCCGCGACCCCUCGGGGUGGAGCGUGGACGACGUCAUGAGCUUCAUCCGCACUGCCGACCCCACGGCGCUCGCCCCCCACGCGGAGCUCUUCCGCAAGCACGAGAUUGAUGGCCGGGCUCUGCUGCUGCUCAAGAGCGAGAUGAUGAUGAAGUACAUGGGCCUCAAGUUGGGCCCGGCGCUCAAGCUGGCCUACCACAUCGACCGCUUGCGGCAGGGCAAGCGCUGAACCACACAACCGCUCAACCUCGCCUCUCUCUCUGCUCUGCGAUUCUCUCUCCUCUCUCUCCUCUCUCUCUCCUCUCUCCUCGUCUCGACGAACGAAUUAGCCGUCGUUAUUUCCGUUCUGCUAUCGUUACUACUUCACGGCGGUCGUUUACUUAAAGGCGUUUACCGUGCGGUGGCUGGGAUCUGUGGUUGGGGUGAGGUGGUGGUAGGGGUGAAGUGGAGGUUGAGGUGAGGUGGCGGGGUGAGGUGCAGGUGGAGGUGAGGUGGGGGGGGUGAGAUGGAUCGCGUCGUCCGUGGCAUCGCCCGUCCGUGCGCAAACGGCUGCUUAAGGGCGGCGGCAUCACCGGCUGCGGAAGUUGACGUUGGAACGGCGUUGGAACGGCGUUGGAACGGCGUUGGAACGACGUCGGAACGACGUCGGAACGGCAUCGGAACGGCGUUGGAACGGCGUCGGAACGACGUCGGAACGGCGUCGGAACCACGUCAGAGUGACGUCACGAGCUACGGAAGGGAGCAGUUAGAAUCCGUCCCCCCUGCCCCACCACCACCACCUCCUGCUCCUCCUGCGGUGACGUUUGGUGGGAACCUCACCGUAGCCACACGGCACAAACACAGACGCUCGCUUCCACCACCCACCAUGCAUCACGGCCCCUAUUUCCAAGCCCCCCCACACCUCCCCCACCUGCUCCCCCCUUUCCCGGAAGGGGUUCAAAGGUCAACCAACGGCGCCUGUGACAAACAAAAAAUCUGCAAACAAAAACAGACUCUCGCUCUCUCUGCCCGCCCCGCGCUCGCCUUUUUAUUGUUAUUUUUUUAUUUUUGUACGGUUCUCACGUUUCCGUGCCGUCGGCACUCGGGAGACGGCACGUCAUGGACGAAGCUGGCCAUUGCGAACCCUGGCCCCCUGUAACGGCAGCAGCAGCAGCAGCAGUGACAUUGCGAUGCUUUUCUAGAGUGGCGUUGCAGCAGCGGACUUCACAAGUCCGGCGAGAAUCCAGGGGGGGAAGGGGUGGGGGGGUUGAAGGCCUGUGAGCACACGCUGGCGGGAGACUGCCAGGGCAGACUCGUGCGUCUCCACGUGAGCCUGUCGGUCUCUGCUGAUCUCUGUGUAUGUCUGCGGAUCUCUGUGUGUCUCCGUGCAGGCCUAUGAGUCUCUGUGUAAGUCCGAGUGUCCGUGCGAGUCUUAAGAGCAAGUGGUUGCGACGAGGCUGUCGCACCACUUGCAGGAUCUUGCGGGAGGGUGGGUGGAGAGACCUUUGGUAGCGUGAUGGUGGCCGUGGUGGUGGUGGUGGCCGUGGUGGAGGUCGUGGUGGCCGUGGUGGUGGUGGUGGAGGUCGUGGUGGAGGUGGUGGUGGAGGGCAUGAUGGAGCAGUUUUGGACUGUUUCCCUCCCAUACCUAGGCAGUGUGCUUAUGACCAGCUCCGUUUUUUUACAGCAGAGUUCGGGCAGCAUUAUCUUUUAAUUGGCUGCGUAACGCUGUGUGGAACCUACCUGGUCUGUUGCUCCACAUGAAGCUUCGGGUGUUCUCGGCCACAGUAAUGCCCUCGCUGCUCUCUGCUUGCGAGAUGUGGACCCCACUAAUGGAGGAACAUCGGAGCCAGUUUUAAACAUCCAGGUUAACCUGCCUACGAUCCAUCCUGGGUUUAACCAAGCUUGAUUGUGUAAGAAGUACACAGAUCCUUGAAAGAUCUGGACACAGUCCUAUCAGUGAACUCCUCCUGCAGGCGAGGCUGCAUUGGCUGGGUAAUGUAGCCCACAUACCCAGCUACCGCAUGCCCAAGCAGCUUCUGUUUGCCCGUUUAGAGGGGGCUAAACGGGCACGACAUGGGCUGGAGAAGUGAUGGACUUCUGCAGUACAGGAGGACGUUGAGCUGAGUGGACUUGCCAGAGACUGGUACCAGCGGUGUCAGGAUCGGCCUCUAUGGAGGAGGCUCGUGAAGGACGCUGCUACUGGGCAAUUCGAGGCAGUCGCCCUCCAGCAACA